UUACCCAUAAAGCCCCGCGCCUGCAUUAGUCGGAAUGUGCUGGGGGGAAAAAAGCGUAAUAUUGUUUCAAUGAUCGAGAAUCAGUAACAUUCAAACAAUCUACAUAAAACAUCUGUUAAAUUGAAUCAAUUUUCUAAGUUUAUUUCUAAACGUGUGUGGAUUUCUUGAAGAUGGGGCAGCUCUACACAGCAGGAGACUGAUGAGGAGGGAAUGAGCAGGACACGAGGAAACAACUCACAUCUAAUGGAAAAGAUUAGUCUCACCUCUCUGACAUACAGCAGUCAUGGAAACCAAGGAAAAUGGAUCAGUGGACGCCAAAAGUUCUGUGGAGAAUGGGCAGGUCUCUGAUCCAGCCCACUGGGCCGUAGCAGAUGUGGUCAAUUAUUUUAAAGCCACAGGGUUUGAGGAGCAAGCCAACGCUUUCAAGGAUCAGGAAAUCGAUGGCAAAUCCCUUUUAUUAAUGACUCGAAAUGACGUUCUGACCGGACUGUCAAUAAAACUGGGUCCUGCACUGAAGAUCUAUGAGUAUCACGUCAAGCCUCUCCAAACCCAGCACUUAAAAAGUAACGUCUCGUAGCUGCUGCAGUCACAUGGAUGCAUGGAAGACAAUCACAGCAGGGUAACUGCAGGCAGAACUAAUACGUUUUAUCCAUCUUAAUAAAGAAACAUGGGGAAUUUAUUGCUUUAAGGUCUCAUUCUGCUGUACAGGUCUAUCUACUGUUUUUAGUUUACCUACGUUUUAACAUGUUCGUUCAGAUUUUACCUUCACUUUGUGUGCUUGUACAUAAAUCAUUACAGCUUUUAAGAUUAAAUGCUCAGUUUAAUAACAUGAAAUGAUAAAUGGAACACUAUUCUUGAAGAUGUUUUUGUGUAACGCAUGAAGUACUUUUGAAUAGAAAUGAGCGGGAGGUUGCCGUGUGAUUUUUAUUAGUUUGUUGGUGUUUAUUUUUCCUUUUUGUUUUUCUGGUUUUUAAUAGAUAAAAAGUGUAUUGAGAUAACAGCACAAAUGAUCAAGUGUCUGAAAAUGAUGUAUUUGCUGUGGUUUACAGCUAUUAAUGCUCAACGCAUUAGGGCUUUGUUUGCAGGAAUCCUGUCAGAAUGACAGUGCUUUGUGCUGCUAUAAAUUCAGUUUAUUUAUUUCAUUCUGUAACUAACAAUGUGAUUCCUGAUCAGUUGGUGAAUUGUUGUUUUUGAAAGCCAGCACAGCACUGUAAGUCUACAGCGGUUUGUGAAACGGUGUUUUAGAAGAUGAAACAAAAGUGAGUGUAGACUGCAAUAAAUGGUGCUUUUUCAGACUGCUAAAAAAUCUACUUCCUGGUCCUCAUUACAGUGCUGUUUGACUUCCUACCUUUUGUGUUAAUAGCUAAAAAAAAAAGGAUCAUUAAAUGUAAUUAAUUUUCUUGAUGAAAUCCCAGAUAUUUUACAUGCAUGAUUAUAUGAUUCAGGUUUUUUUUUUCUAAACUUAAAUCCUUAUAGUAAGGGGAUGAAGUUAAUUGUUCUUUGAUGUUAAUUGUGUUGUUUUUACUCAAAAAAAAAAACUACUGUAAACACCUUUCAACUGAAACGAACUGAAAUUUUAACAAAUGUGACCAUUAUUAUUUUAUAUUGCUUUUAUAAAUGAAUUCAAACAAAGAAGUUAUAAAGAUGAACACAUACACAUUUUUGAAGUAAAUUUAUUAAUAUAUUUAUCCGAGACAAGAAUGAUGUUUUCAUUUCAACAGUUUUCUAUUUUUUAUUUUACUUGUGUGGUUACACAAAAAAUAAUAAAUAUGUUUGUAAAUUCAAAAUUUGGUUUGUUGAAUGUUUAAACAGAUAAACAGGAAAUGUAGUGCCUGUGUUGUUUCUUGAUGAAUUAUAAACCUGAAAUAAAUGCACAACAACAUAUUGUGACGUGAAUUUAAAAUAUAAAUACAAAUGUUGCCGGGCUAGUGAAGCUCUUCCUGCUUACAAUUCUUUGGCUAGUUGUUCAUUGGUUGUGCUAUCAUUGGGCAGUUAGCGAAAUAUAUAGGCUGCAUCCAUGAGCUCUGAACAAAAGUGCCUUGAAAUGCCUUUAUUGUGUUUUAAUUGUUGUGAGUGGUGCUCUAUGUGAGUUUGGUUACUUUGCGCUCAGUUGUUUUUGUUUUUUGUACUGUUUUUGUUAUAAUUUAUUGUGUAUGUGUUGGUUUGUCAUUGUGAGUUUGAUGUGUUUCCUUCUCGUUUUAGUUUUUUUAUGUUGUAGUAGCAAUAAUAAUUUAUCAUAGUCGCUAUUAUUAUCAUUGUCUUUUGUUUUGUAUUAGUUAUUUUGGUGGAUUUUUUCUGUAUUUGUAAGCUGUCCCUUUGUGUGCCAGUUGUGUGGGUUGGGUGACUCUUCUUAACUUGGUAGAGUGACUGUGUUUCUUCAAAGGUGCCAUAGAAUGCAAAAAUCACUUUUAUAAGGUGUUUGAACACAGUUGUGUGGCCACAGUGUGUGAAAACAACCAGCCUACAAUGGUAAAAAUACACCUACUCAUUGUUUUCUAAUCCCAAUAAAUCAUAA